AUGUCCGGCGCAAGGCAUUGGGAACAGGACAAGGAGGCUACUGUAUAUAUUGGAAACCUCGAUGAGCGCGCCUCAGAUAGCCUAGUAUGGGAGCUCAUGCUCCAAGCCGGGCGUAUCGUGAACGUUCACUUGCCCAAAGACCGUGUCACCCAGUCGCAUCAAGGGUACGGCUUCGUGGAAUUCAUUAGUGAGGAAGAUGCAGAGUACGCCUCAAGGAUAAUGAAUGGGAUUCGUCUUUUUGGAAAACCAAUCCGCGUGAAUAAGGCGUCGGCCGACAAACAGAAGUCUGUGGAAAUUGGCGCCGAGCUUUUCGUUGGCAACCUCGAUCCCAUGGUCACCGAACAAGUUCUUUUUGAUACAUUUAGCCGCUUUGGCAACCUCAUCAAUCUCCCCAAGAUCGCUCGCGACGACAACAACUUGUCCAAAGGUUAUGGCUUUGUGUCAUUCGCCGACUUCGAGUCUUCUGAUGCCGCGAUUGCCAAUAUGAACGGGCAAUAUCUGAUGAACAAGCAAGUUUCGGCGCAAUACGCUUACAAGAAGGAUGGUAAAGGAGAGAGACAUGGCGAUGAGGCAGAACGAAUGUUGGCUGCGCAGGCCCGGAAGCACAAUGUUCGACCGCCAACCCAACAGGCUCCAUCGGCCUUCCCCGGGGCUGGUCCAGGUGCUGCACCGCCUACAAUGCCAAAUGGCGAUGGACCCCGACCAGUGAGCACCGUGCACCAGUCGUCUGAUCCUGGCAUAAGUCGAACUAUGCCCAUGGGUUACCAAAGCGUACCUCCUCCACAAUCCCGGCCUAGCCCGUCCCCUUCAUCACUGACUACCCCGCCGCCGGGCUUACCUGCCCGCCCACCGCCAUCUCAAGCUGGAUAUGGAGGCCCUCAAGCUUUCCUCCCUCCUGGGUUCAGUGGCACAGGCCAGCAACCAUCCUUUGCACCGCAGAGCGCGCCGCCACCUGGAUUUGCACCACCAGGCUUUGGACCCCCAACAGGUGCAGCUGGUGCACCGCCUCCACUGCCGCCAGGCUUUCAGCAACCAGGCUAUGGAGGGGGCCGAUGA